AUGGCUUUGCUUUAUACCAAACUUGUCUGCGCCUUGUUGCUUAUCUUUGUAACAUACGCUGCAGCUGCACCUGGACAUUUGCAUCACCAUACAGUUGCUGUGGUGGAACAUCAUCCUGUGGUGGUACACAAACCUGUUAUCGUUCACAAGCCAGUUGUUGUUCACAAACCAGUGGUGGUCCACAAAGCCGUAGUGGUUCAUGAACCUGUUGUGGUGCAUCAUCCAAUUCAUAUUCCCAUCCAUCAUCCAAUUCAUUUUCAUCAUCCAUAUCAUCAUCAUCACCAUCACUUGCAUCAUUGA